AUGAUGCGACUCUACGCUUCUUACGAGGAUGAGCAUCUUCGGGCUUAUUGGGACUCCAUCCACGCCUUUUCGGUGAGCAUCGCCAAGCGUCGUGCCAGUCGGUACUUGGAAGCGUUCUAUACUGAUCGUAAGCAGCGUCGAUCCAGGGCCGCCGCCCGGUGGAAGUCGUUCCUUCAACAGGUGCUGACCGGCUUGCUCCGGGGCUCCUGCGACAUGGACUUGUUGCUGGAUCCCUUCUUCCUGAAAUUCCCUCGACCUGGCGAGGCAGGUGCCUGGUGUUCUGGAAUCGAGGACGGAGCCGAUCUUGGAGGCGUUGACCAUUACGAACAGGGCCGAUCGUUGGCGCAACCUCUAUCGCGACGAGCCCGAGAUUCACCCGGCGCUUGGGAUCGCUCGUCUUCCCGGAAAGUUCGUGCCCUCCUCUUCCUGAUCGCGUGUUGCCCUUACGUGUUCGCUAGCAACUU